AUGGCUGAUCUAGAGCCUGUUCACUUCUUCGACAUCACCUCCACCUUUCCAGGUCUGUUCCUCAAAUCGAACAAGCCGAAUACAACAGCAAAAAAGAAUACUAAUAACAAUACCAAUACCAAUACAGGAGCACUAAAGUCAUGGUCCCCAAACACUCUCAAGGUCCGAACGGCCUUGAAUUUCAAGAAAAUUCCCUAUACCCAGAGCUGGGUUUCGUACCCCGACAUCGCACCCCUUAUUAAAGGGCUCGGCGUUGAGCCCAAUGCCACAGGAACAAGAUACACCCUCCCAGCAAUCGUCCACAAAUCUAUAACAUCGAAUCCUAACAAUGCAAUGAUGGACUCCCUCCCAAUCAUCGAGCAUCUCGAUAAAUUGUUUCCCGAACACCCCCUCUUUCCAUCCGGAGAAGUAAGCUACUCGCUCUGCAUCGCCGUGAACAGGCUAUCACUGCGUCUGGGACCUGCAAUCCGGUCUCUGCUUAUUCCCAGUGUUCCUAAUCACCUUGAUCCACGGGGACAGGAGUAUUUCAUUCGAACUCGAAGCGAAGCCUAUGGGAAGCCGUUGACUGAAGUGCGACCGACCGAUGAGGGGGAGAUUGCUGCGCUUCUGGAGGAACUGCAGAAGGAGCUAAAGGGGAUUAUUACUGUUUUGAAGGGGCGGGAGGGAAAGAAAGGCCCUUUCUUCGAGGGCGAGACGGCGGGGUAUGUAGAUUUGAACUUCGUGUGUUAUUUGGCGUUUUUCCAUCGGUUUGAUCGGGGGCUUUGGGAGAAGUUGGUCGCGGAGGGUGAGGGGGAAUUGCUCGCUUUGUGGAAUGCCUGUUUACCCUGGUUAGAGGGCCAGGGAGAGGAGAAGGAGUGGCCGAUUCCGGAAGAUGUUUGA